AUGUCGGUGAUUCUGGAUGCAAUCGACCUGGAGAGGGAAUACUCCCCCAGUCGGUGGUCGAUCAGGUUUCCUACGGCCCUGGAAGUACUGCAAAACCACGUGAAGCAUGUGACAACAGCCAGUGAAGAAGCGACAAAUAACAUUCCACACAAACUGGAGAUCGAGUAUGGAUCGACACCUGGACAAAAACUCGACAUACUUGGAACUGAUUUACCAAAUGAUACACCGAUCCUCGUCUACAUUCACGGCGGCUACUGGCAGGAGCUUUCAAGAGAGAUCUCCCGCUACCCAGCCAGUCCACUCCACAAGUGCAAAGUGAAGACGAUUGUCAUCGGCUACGAUCUGUGCCCCACAGCAACCCUCGCAGAAAUUGUCAGUCAAACAGCUAAAGCCGCCAAAUUUGUCUUCGAAUACGCCGAAAAAAUGGGAUCAAAGGGCAUAUACUUCGCGGGACAUUCAGCCGGUGCCCAUCUAGUUGCCAAGUUGCUUUCAAAUGCAGACUUCUUCGAAAACACUCCGGGCGCUACUCGUCUCCAAGGAGCAUUCCUUGUGUCAGGGAUUUACGACCUUCGGGAGCUCGUCCAUACGUCGGUAAACGAUGCUGUCCAGCUGCCAAACGAAUGGGCCAUUCCCCUAUCUCCACAAUUUGACGACUACACACACCUUCAAGGUAGAAGGAUACGCUUAUAUAUCCUCGCUGGACAACACGACAGUCCUACUUUCAAGAAACAAUCAAGAGAAUUCUAUGAGAUCCUACACAAUACCUGUCUCAUGCAAAAUAUGUAUUUAGAAAUCAAAGAUGGGAUGGACCACUUUGAUAUUGUUGAAUGUUUUUCAAAUGAUGAUAAUUAUCUCAAAAAUUUAUUGGUACACGAUAUUCGUAAGCAUUUGAAUUAG